UCCAUUUAGACAUAAUCAGCAUGAAAUACUUUGUCAUCUGUGCGCUCGCAGCUUUCGUCCUUCUUCAGGCUGCAUCGGGUUUCAAGCGAGUUGUCUACGUGGUGCCGGCAUCAACUACCAAUACGACUGAGCCAGCUACUUCAACAAAUUCCACAGCCUCAGCCUCUACAAACUCGACGGCCUCAGCGAACACUACGACUGUCGUGGUUCACAAGAUAGUCUACUGCUCCUGGAAGAACAACUGGUGCCGUCCCACUUCGAAUACCGUGAAGAUCUGCAAGUGGGGAGCCUGCCAGCUCUACGGCUAGAAGUCAAUAAAUAAACGUUGAUCAUG